AUGCCGAAUGGCAACGCGCAGCGGGUUCAAUUGCCAGAUAUAGCUGUUUAUCCAGGCGAUAAGCCAAAGGCAAAGGAAGAAAUGUUAUUCAUAGAGGGAAUGAUAAAUGUGAAAACGCUCCGUAGUAUCACAUUCAUUAUAGCCUCACGCAUGGCCUUAUCAAAAACUUGUUGCCGCGAGCCCGCCUAUAAAACUAUCAUUUGGCUACGUACGCCACCUCGGGGACUCGUUCGGAUGCCGUAUCUCAUUCGUGGAGUAACAGAUCUUAUUAAUCAUGUUGAGCGCAUCUUUGUUAUGUGA